AUGAUGAUGAUGAUCCGAUACUAUUCCGACAGGCUCAAAGGUUGUUGUGAUCCAUCUAUUGAUUUUCAGAUGCGAUGAGUUUGACUUUUUAAAAUUUAAGACUUGCUAACAAUCGUUUUUCUUUAUGCCGUGUUCAAAGUAAUUUCCGCGAAAUGCAAAAUGAUCUCUGACUCUCCAAAAUUUAGUGAUCUUUUCCUUUCUCUAACGGGUAUUUUGCAUUUCGCGGAAAUUACUUUGAACACGGCAUUAUAAAUCGAUUUGCUAUAUACUACUGUUAACAAAAGUUAUCAGCGAGGGCCAAUCAGAAGUUCUCGCUGGAGCGCACUUGUCUGGGUUAACCAGCUUCUUCAAAAAACUAGAAUACAAUGAGAUCCUUGUCUGAGUAGAUCAUUUUUAACUGAAAACAAAGAGCAUGUCGAGAAAAAAAAACAAGGAGGAGAAUCAGUCGUUUUGCUAGACGCCGUCGAGGAAAAGUGUGCAAAUAAGACGUUCUCGUCGAAAUUUCUUCAGAAAACGUUUCCAUGAAUUUCUUUCGCUUUUAUCAGAUUGAUGCUCUUCUAUCAUUACGAAAUAUAAUCAGUUUUCUUUAAAUCGCGAACCGCUACUCCCUGACGUCACUUUAUUACAGCAUUUAGAGUCUAUACAGAUUUUGAAUGUCAAGUAGCCUCUAUGCUGGGAGGCGACUAAGCGCCCACUAUCGGCUGUGUCGCCACUAAGCGUCCUCUAAAAUUUCAGGCGCCUUGAACGCGGUUUGUGGGAAUUGCGCGAUAUAGCGAACUUGCCCUCCCACCGUAAAUUCUUCAUAUUCGAAAAUGUUUGGGACUUUUAUUUUAUUUUCAUUUUUUGCUUUCAUUUCGAUUUUGCUUUUGCUUUUGAUUUUGGCUACGAUUUAUGUGUUUAAUACGAUUAUUCACUGAAUCCUGCUAAUCCGUAUUAUUUAAAAACAAUUGUGCCGAAAAGAGUAUUUAUUCUUUGAAUUUAUCAAAAAGAUGCUCAACUUGACUAUUUUUUCAAGAUACUAGUAUAUUAUAAUUAAUAGCUUUUUCACCAAAUUGAUACCGGCGAUUGUUAAAAUUUGAAAUUAAAAUGUUUUGAAAAGUUCGUUUCUAUUUUCCAAUUAGUUUUAGUUUUUCAGUUUUAUCUUUUAAUUUGCUAAGAUGCGACCAAAGCAGGCUGAUCGUAACCAAAAAUAAAAUUGAACUUUGUUUUCAGCCUAGUUAUGGCCUGCUAUUGACAUGAGUUCUAUCACUCAAACAAAAUUUAUUAUAUAUUCAAAGCGCCGUACUCGGUUCAAAAACGCAAGUCGAUUAAUUUUUUAUUUUGUUGCGAUGAGCGUGCUCUAAGAAGCAUCUCAGCUAAGUUUUUGAAAUUAUUGAGCACUCUUUCCAGUGGCCAAUGAAAACGUGUUUCCCUACAAGGGGCACUUCACUUCUUCUCAGUAAAGCUCAGCUUGCGUGAUUGAUAUGAAAUGAAACAUUUUCUAAUUUUUCAGCAAGGUUUCGAGCAGGCUCCGAAUCGAGAAAUGCGCCAAUCAGUCCCCCGCCGAUGGAAAGUACGUUUUUGAGAAAAUCAAUUCAAUUCAAUAAAAAAGAGCCCAAAGCUUUCAAUAUUCAAAGUUUUGAAAUAUUACAGCACACGAACUCCUUGUUCCGCAGCCACUCACGGUCGUCGAUCCUCCCGAAAAAUCGGAGCACUCUCUCAAAGACUGGCCCGGAUUCCACGGGUUAAUUUUUCUCAAGAUUAUCCUAGUAUAGAAUGGAAUUUUGACAAAAUAAGUCAGAAUCAAAAAGAAAGCGCAGCAGUGGCCUUUUGAGACGCCAGAGAAGCUGAAAAUCUCUUUUUCUCUAGCUUCUCUUCGGACUUUUCUCAAUCUCUCAAAGUUCCUUUGAGUCGAAGACAAUAGAUAAUUUUUCCUCAGAAAAAUCCAUUGGAUUUUGAAACAAAAUUUUCUUGGCUACUUAGCAAAACGCUAUCGAUUUUUGCCGCUGAUUCCGAAUUUUUACUCAAUUUUUUAUCAGGUAUAUUCACGACAUGGACGCUCGGAAAAUGAUCCAGGAAAUAGGCGAUUAUAUCAUAAGAUUGGAAGACGGUUCGUCGGGAAAAAAGCGAGACGAAAAUUAGAAUUUCAGACGGUGAUACAACAUAUAUCAUUCUGAACGUUGGAGAGGAGAUGAAAGAGGAUCCUUUUUGGGAAACUGAACCGAAGGAGGAAGUCGAAGAAGGUGAACGAACUAAAUUUCGGGAUUUCCCUGCGAAAAGCAACUUUCAAUAUUUUUGUACUCAAAAUGGUUGAUUCGCCACAACUUGAAACAGUUUGAAAAUAUAGUCAAUUUUUCCCGAUUUGAAAGGGGAGGGAGGCGGGACGCGUAGCUUGUGCGUACGCGGUUCUUGGCGCCAGUUCAAUUCAAUCGCCAGCGACUCUUUGGAGAGCUCGUUUAUCGCUUUUUUGAUUCCUUUUUUAAGUUAUUUAUUGAUUAUGUUCAUGUGUGCAUCAUAAAACAGUAGAAAAAAGUGAAAAAGAGCGAGAAGCGCGUUUUCCAAAUAGUCGCUAGCGGUUGCAUCGAACUCGUGCCAAGAACCGUGUACGCACACGCUACGCUUCCCGCCUCCCUCCCCUUCCAAAUCGGGAAACAAUGAUAAUAAUUUUUCUCAAAGUUUUUCAUUGAAACGAUUUUUCUCAUUUUUGAAAAUUGAGCCGCGAGCGAGGACGGCUGGGUGCCGAUAAAAGUGAACACGUACGUCAUUGAGAAAGACGAAGCAGGAUUUUCUAUCGACGGUCUAAACUAUUUCGAAAGCGUCGACAGUCUCCUUUCGUAUUAUGUGUUUCAUUCCGACAAGGUUAGACUUUUUAUAAUCAAAUCAAAGCAAAAAUCUCUCAAAUCUUUUUUUUUAGUCAAGCCUUGAUGUUAAAUUGCUCUACAAUGUGCCUCGCAAAAUGUUCGAAUUUGAGCCGGAGGAUAUUCAGAAGAUGACAAGUGUGAGUGAUAUCUUAAGUCCGUUUUUCGCGGCUUGAAAUGACUUCUCUGCGCACUCUUUGUCUCUCGCCGAACCUCUCAUCUUGACCUGCUAUUUUCAUGUUUCUCUGACCUCGCCGGCGAGGGAACAGAGAGACGCAGACACUCGAAAAAUCUCAAUUCGCGGCAGCGAAAGUAAAUGUGCAAAAAGAGACGCAGAGAGAUCAAAAUAUCCAAAGUUGCUGUUAUCUGUUUUGAUAUCAACGCAUUCAGAAAAAAGACAAACUCAAGAAUUUUCAGCUCAGCAGCGGCCGAUUCUUCGACGUGGAUUUAUGCAAAAUUGAUCGACCAGGACUUCUUGAACAAAUAGCCGCAGUUAAGUCGGUCGGUUUCAAGAAUUCGAAAAAAAAAGAACACUUCAAAAAUUAUUUUCACUGUCAUUCAGUUCGAAAAGACUGUAAGCCUCAUAAUGAUAGCAAGUAGGAUCAAAGUUCGAAAAAAGGACAAGAAAAUCAAUAUUUGAUCCUCAUAUCUCAGGUCAAGCUGGGAUUGCCGAACGCAUCUGAGCAAAGUCAGAAGCUGAUAGAAGAGGGAAGACUUCUGCUCGACUUGGAGCAUCCGAAUAUCAUCCAGAUUCUCGGCUGGUGUCUUGACGAGCAUCCAUUCAAGCUUGUCAUACAAUUCGUGCCGGGUAAGUCCCCAAAAUUUCGAUGAAUGAGGUUUUGAAGUUGAAUGAGAAAUUCGUUGAAAGACGUCACUUCCGUUUUUUGAGAAACUGUUGACCUUGAAAUUCGCAUCAAUGAUUGGCGCCGUUAUGAGCUUCUUCAAAUCAAUUAUGACUGACAAGGGAACCGAGAAAUUUUCGAAAAAUCUCCUUGUAACGGUUGAAAUUGGAGACUGCUCAUGUUUUGAGAAAAAUUACGAUUAAAUUUCAAAAGUUUUGAUAGAUUUCUUCGAAGGAAAAAAUAGCAAAAAUAAGUUUCGUUGAAAGGAUUCGAACCCUGACCACAGUGCCCGCAGUGCUGGCACGCUAGCCACUACACUAAGCGCCCAAAUGGAAUUGAAGGCUCGUGCGCCAGACAGAUUCCUUCUUGCUGCGUUCCACUCUCUUCAUUUGCAAACUUUGAGCCGUCAUAACUCGGCUACGAGGCAAAACUCGAGAAAUUUUAUUCUUGAUUCGGAAUAAGCAUGCCUUGAAGUUCAUCCCUCUAUAGUUUCAUUAAAAGUUCAAAUGGGAAGUAAAAACAGUUCUCUUGUGAGACUACUUCCCCUUUUUUACCAGUGAAAAUGAGUAAAUAUUACAAGUAUUAAAUGAACAAUCAUUUUUUUGCAGGUGGUCCUCUUGAUAUGUACCUUUUGACCCAUUUCCCGGUUACCAGUGUGAAGAGACUGAUGAGGUUCGCCGUGGAAAUCGCUCAAGGCCUGGAGUACCUACAUUGCAAUCGCGUCAUCCACCGAGACAUUGCGGCCAGAAACAUACUUCUGUCGUCCGACGGAACGGUCAGACAUUGAACUUCGAAAUUUCAAGAGCUGUUUUCAAAGCUUUUUUGAUAGGACUGUUUCUAACAAGAAGUUUUUUUUUUGAUAUUUGCAAGCUUUGAGGACCUUCUAAGCCUCGCAUGAAUCGAAAAUGUCUUUUUCAGCCAAAAAUCUCAAACUUCCAUCUCAGUCUAAAAUCACGUUUCUGGCGGAUGAAGGUAGCGGAGAAGAUUCCUCUUCGUUAUGUGCCUCCCGAAGUCUUCGCCCUUAAUAUAUUUUCACAAAAAUCUGAUGUAUAUGCCUUCGGGGUGAGCUUUUUCUCCGAUCAGUCCUGUAAACAAAAACCAUUUUCAGGUUCUCCUCUUUGAGAUAUUCACUGGGGGGAGCCCACCUUACGAAGGUCUGCUAUCUGAUGAUGUUAAAGCUUGUGUAUGUUUGAUUUGUUUUUCUUCGAAUGACAGAAAUAAAGUAAAAGUUUUAGAAAAUGAAAUUAAAAAAAUCUCAGAGACAUAAAACGACUUGGAAUUUUACCAAACGACAUUCCGCUGUUCCGCCGCGCGCCUUUGCGAACCUUGGUCGCGCUUUAUUUAUUUUUUUUUUGAGGUACUCUACUUUCAUGUGCUCCCACAGCAAUAACGAUCAAUUGACCUUGAUUCGAAAGACGCUUCGCGAACGCACGCAGCGCAACAUCGGAAUGUCGUUCCGUGAAAUUCCAAUUAGUGGCACACAGACUAUAUAAAGUGGAAAAUUUUAAAUUUCUCUAUUUUUUUCCAUUUGACAUCUGACUCGCCAAAUGUCUUCAAACUUCAAACUUUACAUUUCCAUUUUCAGAUUAUGUCUAACACUUUGAACCAAUUCCCGGAAGGAACGCCGCCAAAGUUGGCAAAAUACGUCGAGGAGAACAUUUGGGCAUUUUAUUUUGAUGAAAGGCCAAUGAUGGACGAAGUUUUUCGAGUUUUUCCCGAAUAAUUGAUAUUUGGAAACUUUCAGAUUAUCGAUUAUCUCGAAAAUUUGAUGGCGGAAAUGGAGAAGGUCAGUUUUCUUUUCUUCUUUUUUUAUAUAGAAAUUUUUCAGAAUGGCGAGUAUGGCCCAGUGACAGACGCAGAAACGGACAAAGUGUUGGUGAGUUUUGAAAAUGGUCGCACGUGGAAUGGCUCGAAAAAGGCACUUUUUUAGCAACCUUUUUGCUGCCUUUUUUCUACCUUUCUGCGGCCUUUUUGAGCCUUUCCCUUCUAACAGCCGUUAUCCACCAUUCCGACUUUGCCCCAGAUAAUUGAGCGAAUUCCGUUGAACGGGUUCUGUUUGACAAUUGAUUAAUAUGAUAGGCGUGUCCAACUCCAAACAGUUUUGCGAACAAGACUUCAACUUUUGCAGAAAAAUUAUCAGCCGGAUAUCGAAAAAGCGUCUCAGCAGCGCAGCCUUCUCGAGCUUGACAAGGUCAGUUAUUUUUUUGCUGUUGUUUGAUAUUUAAACCAAUAACAUUUGCAGGACGUUCUGGAAGAGCUUUGCCCGACUCAGGAUGAAACGAUCUCCAAAGCGACACAGGAUACCGACUGA